AUGUCAAGUGGCAAGCGAUGGGAUAAGAUCCUGCUUCCACAAAACCAGGCAGAUAGGAGGAAAUCAAGACUUGCAGUUCGAUUGAGGUCAAUCAAGGGUCCAAGUGACGAUGCCCUCUGGGAGGCCGUUCGUCACAAAGUCCCUACCUACGGUACCCAGGCGAGUCAUGGCCCCCCAACACCCCCAUCGUACCCCGCAUUGCCGGGUGAACCCUCGAUCAAUCUAUGGCUGAGUAUCAUCAUUUCUCGCCUGGUCGACAGACAUUUGUCUCGCCUUAGACCUCUUGUUAUUCAAUGCCACACCGACGACCAAGUGCCGGCGAAGGGAGUGCAGCUAUGGAGACUGGCGCGGCCCGAUCGCAAGACCGUGUCUCCAAGCGAACGUCGAAUGCGUAUGUAUCAUUUUACCUGUGCUCAACAGCCUGUCAGUCGCAAGACCCGAGUUCGUCUGACUCAAGUUUAUCUCAUGGAUCUUCAGAAUUCUGUCCAAGAAGCGGAACAUCGCCGUCAGAGAAGGGAUUCUCGUGGAUCACCAAUUGGUGAACGGGCAGGUCAACGCUCAAACGAAGAGGAAAUAAGUUCGUCUGUCAAUGGGACAGUGCAACAGCAGGAAGCAGCAGGCGGCCCCUCCAACACGUAUGCCACGCCAAGGUCGGAGGACACAGGUUUCCAAGCGCCAGCGCUACAAGAGUCCCCAGAUCACACUGAACCAGCUUCCCUUGCUGUGGAGAAUCCUCUUUCGCUCCGACAUGCGGAAUUCACGACUUCCGCUGCGGGAGUCACAUAUUACCUGGGCACCUCUUCCAACUGGUCCUUCACUCGCCGCGUUCUGAAUCUUACCCACUCGCAAGUCUGCAACUCUCCGGCGCCUCCACAGGCUCUUAUCUUUGAUGACGACCCGAAUCUUCUGCCCGAACUCCCGACCCUUGACCACGCCAUCUUCUUGAUCAACACAGUUCAGUUCAACUGCUGUCAGCUGUUUCACCUCUUCGACACGGCGGAGUUUAUGGAAUCGUGUCACGAGUUCUACGCAAACCCGACCCCCGACAUUGCAUCCGCUGGCCUGUGGUACAUCCACUUUUGCCUCGUCAUUGCACUCGGAAAGGCGUUUCAGUCGCGACGGCACGGAAGUGACUUACCUUUUGGACAAGAGUUCCUGCUAUCAGUAUUUCGGCAGUUCCCUAAUACUGGAGCUCUCAUCCAGCAGCCGCUUCUCUCGGUAGAGAUUCUCUGCUGCGCAGCACUUUGCCUACAAUGCAUCGAUCAUCGCCAUUACGCCCACUCUAUGAUUGGGGAGGCCCUGAGAAUAUCGCUGUUUCAAGGCUGGCACACCGAAAUGCCGCCAUUGGAGCUUGGUGAUCGCUACGUAGAACGUUGUCGGCGGGCAUGGUGGACGGUCUACAUACUGGACCGUGAAUUCACGUCCUUGAUGGGUCUCCCGCUGACGAUCCAAGACGACGACGUCAACUGCCCUCUGCCCAAGUUUGACGGCCAGAUGCAGCGAAUGGCGACGCUUGAGAUGCAAGUCAAGCUGUGCCGCAACAUCGCUGACAUCAACAAAAGACUUUACGGGGGCGGAGGAAACUUGCAUCGGAAAUACCUUUCUCGGGCCAAAGAAAUUCUCGGUAACAUAGCCGAUGUUGCAGAGGAGCUCAAGACAGCGUUCCCUCUUCAGCCGAAGGAAACCAUGAACGGAAUCUCCAGGACAGCUUCUCACUUGCAUUUGCUAUAUCACAGGUGCAUCACGCUCGUGACGCGACCGCUUCUUUUCUACCUUCUCAAGACGCGCUUCGCUUCAUUCAACGAGUACUUCAACACUUUGGAGUCUCUACCAACAGUACGAAACCUCGUAAGAAUGUGUAUUGAGUCUUCUCAGACCAUGGUCUCCAUUCUCGAGUGUUUGAUGAAUCAGGGCCUGCUCGGUGCAUUCUUUCCCUAUGACACUGAAGCCAUCUUCGUAUCUACUACAAACCUGCUCCUCGGCCCAGCCGUAGAUCCGCAGUUUAUCAAUGGGGGUCGGAUAUGGCUGCAGAGGGCGUUUGUCGUUUUUGAUGAUAUGAUUAGCUGCGGAAACCAAGUGGCCAAAUUCCGCAAAGACGAGCUUCUGCAGUUGGAUGAGCUACUGGAACUUUUUGGGACUGUGGCCCCCCUUCACAGGCCGGAAGCAACAGGGGCCGAUGCCACAGCGCCAGCAACACAGAGCCACGACGACCCGAAUGAGCCUGAUGUGCCUCCGGCAGACUUGGCACCAGGAGGCCCGGCUGGCGACGUGUAUGAGCAACUUCAGGCUGAUGAUGGGCCAUCGAGAUUACAGAUUGUGGAUCCCAUGCUAGGAGAUACCUUUGGGGCUGGCUUCAGCAAGGAGCAGAUAAUGGGCGUGGCAGAUGCCAUUGAUGACGAAGACAUGGCUUGGAUGUGUGAAACGAUCAUGGAGCAUAGCAGUAUUGGACAGCAUUGA